UGUUAAAAAACUAGAAUAGGAGAAAAAAGACACUUUGUGUCUCUGCUUACGAUAAAUAGAGAAAUACGUUUUUUUGCGGGGGGAAAUAGUCCAUAGUGACGUAGGCAGCGGGAAGGCGUGGCUCGAUGCUCUCGCUGGGAACUGACUAGAGGAACGGAAAAUGGCGGACCUUGAAGAUGUUACUCUGGACGGCAGACCGCUCCAGUCCCUCCGUGUAGCAGAUCUAAAGGCUGCUCUUGAGGAAAGGGGCCUGUCCAAAAGUGGACAGAAAAAUGCCCUGGUCAAAAGACUCAAAGGGGCACUCAUGCUGGAGAAUCUGCAGAAAACAUCCACUCCUCAUGUCGGACUGCAGCCAAAUUCCCAGAUUGGUGAGGAGAUGAGCCAGAACAGCUUUAUUAAGCAGUAUCUGGCGAAGCAGCAGGAGCUCCUGAGACAACGUUUGGAAAGAGAAGCCCGGGAGGCUUAUGAAACAAAUGAUCAAGAAGACCACACAGUCAAUAACAACACAUCACAUUCAACUCAAGCUGAGGAUGUGGCGCAAGCUGUAAGCAGUCAACAUAAACCACCUGGCCCCUCUGGUGAACACCAGGGAGAGACCAACAGUAACCAGGAGCCUGAUGUACCUGGACCACCUGCCUCUGCCAAAUUGAUGAAACGGCAAGAAAAACCUGCUGCGGCUAGUAAUUUUGCCGUCGACAGCGAUGACGACAGUGAAGAUGGCGAGGAAGAUGCCGAUGAUGAGGACUGGGACCGCAGCAUGCGUCGAAAAAAUGUCAGAGAACCACCAAGACGGCCUGCAACCAGAGAAAGGUCUGGAGCCUCUUGUCAACCCCAGCAGCAGCACAUCCCUCCUCCCCUUUUGUCACCUCAACUUCGCCAGCCAACUCCUCCUCCCUCACCACCACCAGAGUUAUCAUUUCCUUUGCCUGAUACCCCUAAACAGAGUCCUCCUAGUCCAGAGGUAGCCCCCGCAAGGAGCUCACCAAGCACCUCCAGCUCUGGUUCUUCUAGCAGUGGGAGUCGAAGUAGCAGCCCUGAGCCACAGAGAGGUGGAAAGGCUGAACGCAAACCCGGCCCCUUGACCUUACUGGCACGUAAAAUGGAGUCGGAAGGUGCUUUCUCUGGAGCAGGUUGGCACGGCCGCGACGGGCAAUGCAACAACAGUUCUGCCGCGGCACUGAAUACAGCCCGUGACCCUUCGGAGGAUAUGACAAGUGCUGUCACUCAUGCAGCCAUCAGUGGUAGUCACACAGCCGCCAUUACUCCCAAUACGAGUGUUCUCAAGACCACAACAACAGAAGCAAGGAGAAAGGACGCUGAGAGUGAAAGAGAAAAGACUCUUGAACUUGAAAGGCAGGAAAGACAGAGAAAUCUUGAACAACAGCAAGCCUUGGAAGAAGAGCGAGAACGUGCUAUUGCUGUGCAGAGAGAGGAACAAUUGAAAGCAUUGCAAAAGGAAAAGGAACUUGAAAGAGAAAGACAGGAGCGUGAGCAGGCGCUGGCUAAAGAAAGGGAAGAACAAGAGGAACGACAGAAAGAACUUGAUAGGCAAAGGGCUCUAGAGGAAGAACUUCAACGGCAAAAGGAGGAGCAGGAGAUGAGAGAGAGAGAGGCAAAGGAAAGAGCAUUGGCACAGGAACGAAAAGAGAGAGAAAUGGCUCUGGAGAAAGAGAGGCUGGAGAGGGAAAGACAGGAGGCUGAGCGAAAAGAACAGGAAAGGAUUAGAAGAGAGCAGGAAGAAAGACUGGAGCAGGAACAAAUUCAAAAAGAAAAACUUCUGGAGCAACAGCGGUUAGAACUUGAGAGGGAAAGAAUAGAGAGAGAAAGGAUAAGGAAGGAGGAACAGGAUAGAAUUGAAAGAGAGAGAGCUUUGGAACAAGAAAGAAAAGAGAAAGAGAGGGAAAGACAGGAGGCUGAGCGAAAAGAACAGGAAAGGAUUAGAAGAGAGCAGGAAGAAAGACUGGAGCAACAGCGGUUAGAACUUGAGAGGGAAAGAAUAGAGCAAGAAAGGAUAAGGAAGGAGGAACAGGAUAGAAUUGAAAGAGAGAGAGCUUUGGAACAAGAAAGAAAAGAGAGAGAGAGGUUGGAAAAGGAAAAAGAAGAGAUGCUGAGGUUGGAGGCGAAGAGAGCAGAGGAGGCGAGAUUAGAGAUGGAGAGGUUGGAGAAGGAAAGGGUAGAAAAAGAGAGGGCAGAAAAGGAGAGGAUGGAAAAAGAAAGGGCAGAAAAGGAAAGAAUAGAAAAGGAGAGGUUGGAGAAAGAAAAAGCUGAAAAUGAGAGACUAGAGAGAGAGAGAAUGGAGAGGGAAAGAGUAGAAAUGGAGAGACAGGAGAGGGAACGGGCAGCACUUGAAAGGGAAAGGGCGGAAAAAGAAAGAUUGGAGAGGGAAAGAGUGGAAAAGGAGAGGGAGAGAGCAGAAAAGGAGAGAGUGGAGAAAGAGAGGCUAGAGAUGGAGAGAUUGGAAAAUGAUCGGUUGGCAAAGGAGAGGGCUCAACUGGAACAUUUUGAUAAAAAUAGAGCUUUAGAGUCUGAAAACAUCAAUUCGUCUGAAGUUCAGAAAGGGACUAAUAACAACCUCAAAAGUGAGAUGGAGUCACAUGAGGUGAGGGCUAAGCUGGUUUCCACAGAAAGUCAACUGCCUCCAUCCAAACGUGGUCGGGACGACCUCACCUCUCCGCCUACUCCUUCCUCUACAUUCUCAGGAGAAGGAGCAUGUGCUCCACAGAGCCUUAGCGAAGUCCAAGCUGCUGAGUCCCUUCCAGCAUCUCAGCCAUCCCAUAAGAAGUUCCGCUUUUCGAGGGAGCCCCCAGUUCAACCUCACUCGUCUUCGCCAUUCUCCCCUGUCAAGUCCACUCCUUUAAUUUCUCCUGCUAACAUUGAGGCACAACAGGUAGUUGAGGAUGAAAAUUCCAAACUAAAGAAUUCUCUUGGAGUGGAGCAAAAGGAAGAGACUGCUGUUGCCACUGCACAUGGCCAGCAUUCCAAAAAAGAAGCCACGAGCCUUGACCAAGUCACCAGAGCGCGAGCCGAGGCUGAAGGGUCAAAGACAGUUGAAGAUAACAAUGAAAGCAUGGAUCUUUCACAUUUGGGCCAGGGCAGGGGAAGAGAAGCCAUGAAAAAUGAGAAACAGAGAGAGAGAUCAUCUUCCAAUGAGUCUUCAUCAUCUGGUUCAUCGUCAUCUUCAUCAUCAUCAUCUGGUUCUUCUAGUUCUACAUCUUCCAGGGAGAGACGGGAUCGGAAACCCAAGAGGGACUCUUCACCCCAACGCAGCAGUAAAACAUCCACCCAAGCUGAAUCUGUGAAGAAACCUUCAAAGGAAGCAGAGCAAAAGAACCCCUCAUCUGUGCCUACCAGCGAUGAGAUGGAGAGUGAGAGAAGGCUCAGCAAAGGAGAGCAAGAUAUAACUGGACAUGUGACUGAGUCUACAAUGGCAGAGCCAAAGAAAAGUCUGGAGAGCCCUGAGGAGACACCUAAAGCCUUCCCAGCUCGCAAGAUCUCUCUAAGCAGCAGUAAAUCACCAGGACCUGGAAGCACUGAGGGCGAGCAGGAUUCUGGGUCCAUGGCCGGACGCAAACGGCGGUGGGGAUCCAGCACGGCAGUCACAGCUAAAAAACCCUCCAUUAGCAUCACCACAGAUUCUCUCAAGUCUCUUAUUCCAGACAUUCGACCUUGCAUGGGCCAAGACGCAGUGGUAGACCUGUACCCUGAAGAAGCCGUCCUGUCUGGGGCUGAGGAUGAGGACAGAGAGAGCCCUGAUCAGGACCUCCAGAUCCGACGCACAGUCACUCAGGUGGUGCUCCCAGAGAGCCAAGAGAAUGGCCAACAAGAGGCAAAGGCGAUCGUCUCUGAGGAGACGGAAGAGAAUGACAUUCCGUUGAGCACAGAAAAGGAACCUGAAGAGAAGAUGGACAUCUCUCUCCCAGAAGCCAUGGAACCCCAGUCCACCUCACACACCAGCCAUAAUGUAGAAACAACCAUUGUGACUCCCAGUGACACACUUGUUCGACGUUCAAUCAGCCAGCAAAAGAUGGGCGUGUCCAUCACCAUCGACGACCCAGUCCGCACUGCUCGGCAGCCCUCCCCGCCACGGGGCAAAGUCUCCAACAUUGUGCACGUCCGGAACCUGGUGAGGCCUUUCACUCUGGGGCAGCUGAAGGAACUGCUGGGAAGAACAGGCAGCCUGAUUGACGACGGCUUCUGGAUCGACAAGAUAAAAUCUCACUGCUUCGUCACUUACUCAAACCCUGAAGAGGCCGUAGCAACACGCGCAGCCCUUCAUGGAGUCAAGUGGCCUCAGAGCAACCCCAAGUUCCUCAGUGUUGACUUCUGCCAGCAGGACGAGCUGGACUUCCAUAAAAACCCACAGAAAGCCGUAGCAGACCCCGAGGCGCAGAGCCGCGGUCGUGUGCCUGGCCUGAUGCCCCUUAUGCCUGAGCGUGACCAGUGGGCUGAGCGCGAGCGCGAAAUGGAGCGCCGGGAACGUGCGCGGGCCGAGCGGGAGUGGGACCGGGAUAAGGUGAAGGAGUUUGCUCCAGAGGAGCGGGAGGCCGGACCCCGGAGGUCAAGAUCCAGAGAGGGACGACGCAAGGAGCGGGGCAAGAGCAAAGAGAAGAAGACUGAGAAGGAGAAACCAGAGGAGCCGCCCGCCAAGCUGCUGGAUGAUCUGUUCCGGAAAACUAAAGCGGCACCGUGCAUCUACUGGCUUCCACUGACAGAGGAGCAGUAUGUCCAGCGGGAAGCUGCCAGAGAGGAGCGGAGAAAGGAGCGAGAGAAACUGAGGGAGGAGGAGGAUAAGAAAAGAGAAGAGGAGCGCAAAGAGAAGACUAAAGAUGGAGGAAGCGCCGCCGGCGAGCGGAACGAAAGCGAGAGAGAUCGAGACCGAGCUAGGGAGAGAGAGAGGCAGAGGGAGGACGACAAACGCAGGGACGGCUACCGUAGGCCGGGAGCUAGCGGGAGCAGACGCUCGCGCAGCCGUAGCGAUCCCAGAGAGCGGCGGCACUAAUGACCAAUCAGCUUACAGAACUGUUGUGCAGACCACCCUCUUCCAUCCGCCUCUCACUACAUUUUCUUUGUUUCGACCCAAAAGAGGACCAAGUGAUGUCAUCACCAUCUCAGAGCACAUCCACACGCUCAGAAGGGACCACGAUGGUUGCAGUGUCGUUUCCCAGAGUGCCGUUCGUCUCACUCCUGUCAGCGGCCAUCAAGUCCUGUUCAUCCGUUUUUGUAAAUUUGGACGGAGUCGCAGCAUGGCACGCUGGGUACAUCUCGUUUCCUUUCAUGGCCGCAGUUCGCUCACCGUGUAGGUGCCAUUUUCACCUUCUCAGUCAUCAGUUGUGGCCACUGUUUGUAAAGCCUCUACGAUCUGGAUCAGGAGUCCUUCGGUGUAGUCCAAGGCGCUCCGAGCUGUCCUGCCUAAAGAGAUGGUCUCUGCAGUCUGUAAAUGUGAGGAUCGGUGCGUUUGCCUUUUUGUACAGACACAAGAUCACUCAAAUCAAGCAGUUUAAGAGGCAGCUGUGGCGUGUUUCCGGACAACAACUACUAAUGCAGCGUCCCUCUCUCACUGUUCGAAGGAUUCUCCAGUGGAGAGGCUGGUUUUAUCCCACCCGACGCAUUUUAUGUAACGCUUUUAUCAUGAAUUUAUUAUCUCGCGCGCCGUCUACAUCCGCCGGGCCUCUGACCCUGAACCUUCGCAGGCUGAGAGGAGAUGCUGCACCACUGUUUCCUCACCAGUGAUUUCAAUAUUGUUUUGAUAAUUUUACCAUUUUUAGUAUACAGGUUUGUUUUGUUUUUAUUUUGAAAAUGACCUUUUUGAGUACGCCUAUCAGUGGUGAAUGUACAAAUAAUAAAAAUUCAAGUUUGAAAUUA